AUGUCGACAAGAAAAACACGUUUUGAUCGCUAUAACGAACGCGUGAACGAAGAGGGUGAGAAUUUGAAUUUCCGAAUGUGAAAAAAGACAGAGAGAAGGAGUCGCCAACGUUUCUUCAAUUUUUACCUAAGCAAACAGUAAUAAGACAAUCAAAUUUAGUGAGAAAUAUCUGCACCCAAUUUACGCAGACUUUUGAGUUUAACAGUUAUUGGGAUUUCUUUUAUUACUGUUUCUUUUUUAUCGGUGUACUUACGAAAUCAGCCAGCAUGAUCUGUAGUGCUCUAUGGCUAUUUUUUCAACAAACUCAAAACUUCGCUCGUAAAGAAACUGUCUAAAAACCAACAACAUAUCAAAAGAAAAGCCUUGAUAGAGUCAAACUUAUUAAAGUUCAAAGUUUGUGAUGUGGAACUAAAAAAGUUUGUAUUGGUCAAAAAAGAUUUGUUUUGAAGUUUCUGGACCACAUAAAAAAUCACUUAUUGAUGAAUUAAAAUUAUUAAAAAUUUGAACUGUAAAACUUUGAUAACUUUCUUACAACCGAACAAGUUAAAUCAUACUUUUGCAGCGACGAAAAAACGGAAGAAGUCUAUAGAAAGUGUUCCAAAAACCAAGGUAAAGUUUUCAUGCUCUAUUUUUCCAUCAGAAAUGCUUUUUUUCAGAAAAGUCGUACGGAUUUCAAACCUCAAAAAGCCAUCUAAACAUGAGGUAUUUAGACGCAAAAAAACUUUAUUGCAACAAUAGUUUCUUCUGAGAUCAAAAAAAUGACAGAAAUUUUUCAAAUGGUUUCAUUUGACAAAUGUAAUAUUAAAUUUGAAUUGAUUAUAAACAGUUUCGCAGUUAUAACGGUUUUUUUCAAAAUGUAAAAAGCCGGUACCUUAUCGUAAAAUCAGCACUCAUCUAAGCAAUACUCUCAAUUGUUUUUUUUUUCAGCUCUUCCUGGAGUCCUUCAGAAAGAGCCAAGAGGAAUACGGAGUUUUGCGAGAAAGGCUUAUGAGAGGAGGCAAAACGUAUCACGAAUUCGCAUAUGAGUCAAUGGAAAAAAAAUGUGUAAGUCUCUUAUUUCUCAAGAUUAAUAUUGAAAAUUUUCAAAAGUAAAAAUUUUUCAAUGGGUUGGCACAUGGGUCAUAGACCUUUUUGAUGUUUUUUGUGUUAUUACGCUUCAAAGUUAUAUCUUUAUUGAAUUUGAGUCAAUCGAAAAAACGCUGGUUUUUCCCCAAAAAGAAUUCACGUCUUUUGAGAAAUUAUAUCACAAAAUAACUUUUUCAGAAUGAUCAGCUGCUCAAUCACUACAAAAGCCUCGACACAGACGAAAGAUGCGAAUUUUUGGGCUUAAUCAAUAUGGACGAGCGCAGGCUGUUAUUUCGAGGCGUGAGUGAUUCUGUUUUUUCGUGUAAAUUGAACUCUUAAAAAAACACAAACUUCUUUUCUCACGAUAAAUUAAAAUCAAAUAUUGAAUAUUUUUGAGUUUCUCAUUAAAAUUUUUUCAGCUACACGACAAGCUGAAUGCUCUACAGUUUGAGAAAAGAAAAUUGAAAAGAGACGGAAUGGACGCCGAUAAACGAGACGUUUCUGCUGGAAACACUUACGACCUCCUUAAUCAAAAGGUUGUAACAUCUGAUAAUCAAAAUCAAGAAAUUUUAUUUUAAAGAAAAGCUGACAACCUGUGAAAGCGGUGUCAAUGCUUUUUUUCCAUUGCCUGUCAGGGGAAAAUAGAUGAACGGGUUUUCUUCAAAAAUUGUCGUGUUUGCAAGAAAAAUGGAGUUCAAGUCAACCAUUUUACGCUAAGAGACUCUUCGAAUGGAAAACUUUCCUUUUCAGUUUCAUAUCAUACAUUUAUUUUUUCAGAUAGCCGAAAUUCGUGACUACCACGAUCGCCUUGGUUCGGAAUGUCAACGCGUUUUCCUGUGCGUGCUCAAAGAAGAUGAACGAGAAGAUGUCUUCCCAGAGGUACAUAAUUUCGUUAUUUCAAUUUUUCCAUAGUUUUUCAAACUUUUAUGGGCAAAAGUGAAAAAUGUUUAUCGAACAGUCGAAAACUUGUUUUCCGUACAAGGAAACAUUUGAAAUUUUCGCAGUUAAUUCGAACACAUUCAUAGUUCAAUUUGAACUCUAAUUUGUCAUUCACGAGAAAUCAAGACCAGAAUUUGAAUAAUUCUGGUAACUACGAUAAAAAAAUAUUGCUGGUUAAAAGAAAAUGAAAAAAAUUAAAUAAUGAAAUAGCAGAAAAAAAGCAAUAAAAAAACCAAUAAUGGUUGCCGUAAUCAAAGCCUUUUGUCGGUGUUUUUUUAUGCGACGACUCUUCAAAAUUAGUUCUGGAUCUGAAUAUUUAACUUCAAAAUAAUCAGCCUCAGUGAAAAAUAAUCACAAAACAAUUUUUUCGAUCAUUUCUCAACAAAACGUUCUAGAUGACAAAAAAGAAGAAUUGCGCCGCGGACAAAGAGAAGCUACCUAAAAAAGGGACAAAAGCUUCUGGCAAUCGUGGUCGCACGGAGGAAAAUGCUCCUCACAAAUAUGACUCUGUAAGUUUUUCCCAGCUUCAAGUUCAUCAUAAUUCGAGUGCUCUGAUACAUUUUCAAAUUGUCAAAUUUACGAAAAAAACUUUCAAAGUAUAAAAUUGAUCGAAAAUAGAAAACUCCAAAAUAAUUAUGCAUUUAUCGUGGCCAGCAUCUUAUUAGAAACUUCAAAGGCGACGUAACUUCCAUACUGAAAACUGAAAACGGACCUUAGCCUAAGUAUGCAUUGAUUCUGUUUGAUAAAACAAACAAAUCUCAAUUUUUUCUUGCACAAAAAAAAUUGAUUGGCGACUUUUGCAGGACGACGAUAUCCAGUUCCUGGGAAUUUUUCCUACCCGUCAUUGA